GUAACCUUUAGAUGCAUAAGAAAAGCUCAAGCUUUGCUCUUCAAACAAAAGCACACGCAGUAUUUUAAAGCUCGUUGAACGUAGCGAUCGUGUGAGCUUAUUCUCUGGAACUUUUACGUGAUUUUAUUGUCUCGCGCGCGUAUUUAUUUUGAAUUGAAAAAAGUGUCUUAUUUGAUUAUGACGUUUUAUAAGUGCCAUUUCCGGUUAAAUUAACUCGAUUAUUUAUAAUCUUAUUUUAUAAUUAUAAAAGAAAAGAGUUUUGUGCAAAAAAAUAAAAUGUGGAAAUAAUGUUUCAUUAAAACAGCAUUUUAACUGAACUUAGUUAUUAGAAAUUUCUGCAUCUAACUUCAAAAUAUACUUAAUAAAAAGUGUUCAAUUGACUUUUUCUAAAUCAGCUGUGAAUUUAGUUUUUCGCUGAGGUGCCAUCUUGGAGAACUAAAAAGUUUACUUUUGAAGUCUUGUUGUUUGUUUGUGUCUUGUGUUUUUACCAACGAUUUAUGAACGUAUUAGUGUUUGUGAUGGUGUGAGCCGACUGCCCGAGGAUGAGGUGGUGGCUGGUGCUGCUGCUGGUGGCUGCAGUGGCUGCGAAGGGGAAGAAACAUAAACACCAGAAACCUGGUCGAGCGGUCCUGGACCGGCUGGCCAGCACGACGGUCAGCGAGCCGGAGCCGGGCGGAGGCGGCGCGGGGGCGGGGGCACGGCACCCUGCCCCCCUGGACGUGGCCCCCUACUCCCGCGUCGACGCCAGCGCCACCUGCGGCGCCGACGGCGUCGAGGAGUACUGCAGGGAGAUGCCCGCCAAACGCGGCGUGGUGUGCGACUCGUGCGAGGGCGCAGGCGGCGCGCCGUCGCGGCGGCACCCGGCGCGGCACGCCGUGGACGGCGACCCCGGCACCUGGUGGCAGAGCCCCACCCUGGCCGCGGGCGACCAGUACAGGGACGUCAGCUUGACCGUGACGCUGCCUGAUACCAUGGAGCUAUACCACGUGAUCAUCAAGUCCGGCCCCUCGCCCCGCCCCCUCGCCUGGUCCCUCGAGAUCUCGUCUUCAGAGACAAAUGACGACUGGGAACUGGUCCGAGCCUUCGGAGACAAGGAGCAUUGCAGGAAGCUGUGGGACCUGCGGCCGGAGCGACGGAGACGGAAAGUCAGGCGAGCUACGGGAGCGAAAAGGAUGAACAGAGCGGAUAAGCCGACCUGUUCCACCCAGUUUACUAGUCCACGGCCUUUGGAGAAUGGUGAAAUGCACUACGGCCUCGGCGGCGUCCUAGCGCGUCGCGUGCGCAUCUCCCUCCGCGCCCCGCACCCCGCCAGCCCGGACCGGCAGUACUACACCGUGCGAGCCCUGACCGUGGCCGCUAGCUGCAGCUGUGGGGGGCAUGCGGACAGAUGCGCUGUGGGGACUGAUGGCGCCAAGUGCAUAUGCGAAGACAACACAUGCGGCGACCAUUGCUCGCUGUGCUGCGGCGGCGGCCCUUCCUCCCCGGACGCGGCCUGCGAUGUAUCUCGUCCCGGCGAUGUGGUCGACGCGGAUUGUCAGUGCGGGGAGCGCGGCCAGUGCGCGUAUGAUGAUACCGGGGCUAUACUGUGUGUUAAUUGUACGGAGAACCGCGCGGGUCCGCUGUGCGACCGCUGCCUGGCCGGCUUUUACAGCGUGGCCAGCGACGGGCCCUGCCUGCCCUGCGACUGCGACCCUGAGGGGUCUGAUGGCACAUGCAAGUACAACAAGAAGCAGCGCUCGGUGCAGUGCGCAUGCGUGGCCGGCGCGUCGGGCGCGCGCUGUGACGUCACCGCCUGCGCGUGCGACGAGCGAGGGGUCGUCGACCCCGCCGCGCCGUGCGACCAGGGGUGCAGGUGUAAGCCCAACGUCGUCGGCCUUCGAUGCGAUUCCUGCGCCGCGGGGUACUUCGGGCUGGCGGAGGGGAGCGCGGGGGACGGGGGGUGUCGUGAGUGCUACUGCGCCGGCGCCGCCGACCGCUGCGAGCCGGACCCACAGCCGGGGGUGCACAUGGCGCUGCCGCUGGGCGAGGAGCGCUGGCUGGUGGCGGCGCUGGCCGGGAAUCAAACCCUGAGCCCCGACGUGGAUGACCAGGGGAAGCCCUACUUGAUCAGCUACGAGGUAGAAGGCUGGGACUCGUACUACUGGACCACCACCUCGUUCAGCGGUAGUCAGCUGUCUGCAUACGGCGGUAGUCUGGUGACUACGGUCUCGUGGAGCAUCGUGCGAGGAGACACGGGCGGCAGUCCUACCCUGCUGCCUGAUUAUGUUAUUGUUGCUGAAGACGGAACUCGCCUAUGCUCAACAUUCACCCAAUACGAGACACCGGGCGAGACCACACUACAGUCACCACUAGUGGAAGGACACUGGCGGUUCCUGGACCCCGCCCCAGCGGCAACCGGGGUCGACCCCGCCGCAGGGGCAACUGGGGUGAACCCCACCCCCGGGGUGAGGGCCACUAGGGUGGAGCUGAUGGAUGUCCUGGCGAGGGUGAAGAUGCUGAUGGUCCGCGCGCACUUUCAUUGGGAUCAGGAUGAGGUCCGCCUAAACACAGCCGCCGUCACCCCGUCACCGCCCUACUCUCGCGAGCGCUGCGCAUGCCGCCCCGGCUACUCCGGCGCACAUUGUACGGAGUGUGCGUGGGGCUAUGCGCGCGUGGCCAACGUGUGUUUACCGUGCGCGUGUAGCGGACAUGCUGCUUGUGAAACUGUGGAGGGUGCGUGCGGCCCGUGCCAACACAACACGACGGGCCCGCACUGCGAGCGCUGCCUGCCCGGGCACUACGGGAACCCUUUGAAGGGAGGUUGCAAACCCUGCGCCUGUCCUCUCUACGAGGCGUCCAACAACUUCAGUCCGCUGUGCGCGCUGGCCUCGCCCGAUGAUGAUGACGACUUUGUGUGCACGCAGUGCCCUGAUGGGUAUACCGGGGAUCGGUGUGAAAUGUGCGACGCCGGCUACUGGGGCUCCCCCCUCACCCCCGGUUCCUCCUGCCAGCCCUGCGCGUGCGGGGGCGCGGCGUGCCACCCCGCCAGCGGCGCCUGCGUGCAGUGCGGCCCCCACGCGCGGGGGGCGGCCUGCGACCAGUGCCAGGAGGGCUACUACAACGACUCCUCCUCCCCCGCCUGCGUGCCAUGCGCGUGCGGGCCCGGCUCGCUGCACGCGCUGUGCGACGAGCGAGGCGCGUGCGCGUGCGCACAGGGCUGGGCGGGGCGCGCGUGCGAUGUGUGUGCGGAGGGGUAUGGAGACAUAACCUCAAACUGCCCGCCCUGCGCUUGCGGCGUUGCCGCUCUGUCGCCCGCGUGUGACGUCACGACCGGCCGCUGCGCCUGCGCCGCCGGCGCGCUGCCCCCGCGCUGCGACGAGUGUGCGCCAGGAUUCUACCAGCUCACGGCUGACGGGUGUAGCGGCUGCAACUGUUCGUCGCUGGGCUCAGAGAGCAAUGUAUGCGACAUCCGAAGCGGGCAGUGUCGUUGCAAGCCGUACGUCACCGGCAGAGCCUGCGACACUUGCGAGGAGGGCUACUGGGGCCUCACGGCGGGCGGCUGCCGGCGCUGCGAGUGCGGCGCGGGCGCGGCGGCGUGCGACCCCGUCACCGGCGCGUGCGCGUGCGCGCGGGGCGUGACCGGUGCGCACUGCAACACGUGUCUCAGUGGGUUCUACGGGUUUGGACCGGCGGGAUGCUUGCCCUGCCCCGCCUGUACGGACGGCAAGGUGUGCUCCCGCGAUACGGGGCGCUGCGUGUGUCCACACGGCACGCGGGGCCCGCGCUGCGGGGCGUGCGCGCGGGGGCACUGGGGUCGUGCCCCCAACUGCAGUAGGUGCGAGUGCGGCCCUGGCGCUACUGGACCCAACUGCGACCCUCUGACCGGCCAAUGUCAGUGCCGCCUGGGCUGGGCGGGUCGGCGGUGUGAGAGGUGCGCGGGGGGGCACUACGGGCCGCGCUGCCGCCCCUGCGCCUGCGACCAAGCCGGCGCCGUGUCGUCGCAGUGUGAUGAUGAUGGGAGAUGUGUUUGCAAGUGUGAUGAUGAUGGGAGAUGUGUUUGCAAGGAGAACGUGAUCGGCGACAAGUGCUCCCGCUGCAAGGAGGGCACGUUCGGUCUGUCCCCCACCACCCCUGGCGGGUGUACCGCGUGCUUCUGCUUCGGCCGCAGCGCUCAUUGCACGCAGGCGGGGCUGACCAGGGCGGCCGUCCAUGCCGCCAGGCAUACGCAUCUUAGGUUAGCAAGAUACAGAAGCUUGAACAGUAUUUAUUUUUUCCAGUUGGAGCAAGAGUCUCUGCUGGCCAUCCACUCGUCGUCUCCCGAGGUGACGAUCGCGCUGCCGCGCCCGCCCGUGCCCGUCUACGUCGAGCUCGACAAACGGUUUCUUGGAGACAGAGUGACGUCAUACGGCGGGCUGCUCCGCUUCACCGUUGAGGAGGAGGGGGGGGAGGAGCUGCCUGCGGAUCUGCUGGCGCGCUUCCCGCUGGUGCGCCUGGCCGGCCCGCCGCCCCUCGCGCUAGACUACUACCAGCGCACCCCAUCCCGCAACGGCACGCACUCGGUCCGUCUCCACGAGAGCCUGUGGCAGGUGACCUCCCCCGCGCCCCCCGCCCCCCACGGCGCCCCCGCGCCCCGCGCCGCCGCCCGCGCCGCCCUGAUGGUGGCGCUGCAGCAGGUCACGAGGCUGCUGCUGAGGGUGACCACGAGGCAGCCUGUCACUGACUAUGUGCAUGCAUUAUUACUGAACGUAUCACUAGACACGGCUAUAGACGGCGUGAGCCGCAGCGCGCCGGCCGAGGGCGUGGAGCUGUGCGAGUGUCCCGAGCAGUACGCCGCCUCGUCGUGCCACCACCCUGCUGUAGGCUUCUGGAUGCCGCCGCAGAGCGUGCACUACAAGGCUGUGGCGGGCACCAUCGUCAUCGAGUUGGAGGGCGACGCGCGCGCCUGCGAGUGUGGCGGGCGAGCGAGGGAGUGCGACCCAAGGACUGGGGAUUGUUUGAACUGCACAGCCAACACAGCGGGCCCCCGUUGCGACAUCUGCGCGCCUGGUCACCACGGCUCGCCCAACACCGGCUGUCUGCCGUGCCCCUGUCCUCAUGAGAGUAGGAACCACGCCGCCGCCUGCGCUGUGCAGCCGACUCUGCAGUGCUUAUGUUUGCCUGGCUAUACUGGCGAGAAAUGCAACGCCUGCACUCCAGACUACAAGCCCACCAUCACCGGCGACUGCGAGCCAUGCGACUGUGACCCUUACGGCUCUCUCUCCCAGCACUGUGAUGAGAGCGGCAAGUGUCUGUGUCAAGACUUCGCGACCGGAGACAAGUGUGAUAAGUGCAGAGAUAGAUCUGCGUUCAUGGAUAAUGGAGGAUGUUCGCCCUGUGACAACUGCAGCCAGACGCUUCUGCACACAAUAUCGCACAUCAACAGCGAACGAAAAUCCAAAGCGGACCCGACGGAGCUACGUCGCCUCCCGAAGCCUUACCCCGCCCUCUUACAAUUCUCUUCCAACUGCUCCCACUUGUAUAACCAGUUGCCUCUACUUAGGGAGUAUAAGGAAGGUUCUAGAAGACUCGGGGAGGAGUUGGAGGAAGUGUGGGGGAGGGGAGAGGAGGUGAAGGGGAGGGUGGAAGCGCAGCGGGAGUUGGCGUUGUUGAAUGAUAAGGCGGCUAAUUAUUUGAGUGUGGAGAGUAUGACUGGCUUAGAAGACGUGCUUACCCUCCGCCGCCGCAUCGCAGAGCAAGUGUCCUUACUAGACGACUUCGCGCAAGGAGAGCGGCACGUCAGCGCGCACCGCGCCCUGCGCCACGCCGCGCACCUGCUGGCUGUCAUCAAGGGCGUGAGCUUGGAGACCAGGGCGGCGGCGGCUAGGGAUGUGUUGGAUAAGGCGACAUCACAAUCAACAUCAAUCCAAGAGCACGACUACCAGAUAUCGUCCACUCUCUCCCGCUUGCAAGCGCUCCAAUCAGCGCUGUCCGUUUGGUCGGCGAAGUUGGAUGACGUGUCGCGAUUGGCCGAGCGCGUGUGGGAUGCGGGGGAUACGGUGACGGCGGUUGGUCAGCGGGUCAGACCGAAGUUGGUGGAGAUUAGGGACCUUGGACUCAGGUGUCGGCUGGUGCUUGAGGACAUAUCAACAGCCUCGACCCACAACCUGACAUCCCAGCUGAUCUCCAGCCUCCACCAAUCAGACACGCUAUCCCGGGACUUCCCCGCGGCCACGGCGGAGCUGACGGCCCUCGCCGCCGCGGCCGAGGAGAAGGAGGGCAUCCUGUAUAACCUGACACCGGUGUAUAGGGACAAGUAUCUGAUGGCUGUGGAGAAACAUGUCGCUGAGUUGGGGGAGAAGGCGAAGGUUUAUAAGAGUCUAUUCGCGGGCACCCGCUCCUUCGCCUCCGCGGGUCUGGGCGCCGCCCGCGCCUGGGCGGACGUGGGCGCCGCCCUGGCCGCCGCCGCCACCGCCGCCACCAGCGCGCUGACCCACGCCACCCUCGCCACUAAACUGGCACGGGGACCUAAACCACUAGUCAGUGUGGCUGAGGAAGCGAAGCUGGCGUCUAGCAGGCUGGUUGGCAAGGGAGAGGAGACUUUGAAGAGGGCUGAAGAGCUCUCCACAAAACUACAACAACUCACCCGCUCGCUCUCCCUGGUGCCGGUGACGCUGGGCGGCGCGGGCUGGGCGGAGCGGCGCCUCGCCCCGCGCCCCGCGCCGCCGCCCGCCGCCACCGCCGCCGCCGCCGCCGCUGCCGCCAGGCAGGCCGCUGCGAGUAGAGCGCUGUAUGAUCAUGCUUCUGAGAUUCGCAGACAAACUCGGUACAACCUGCGGCGACAGCUGACAGAGCUGCAGAAGCACGGCGACUCGCAAUUAGGAGCUGCGCAAGAGCACGUAUCUCAAAUCCGCGGCAACACACUGCUAGCAACGGAAGCGGCGGGCGCACUGGCGGCGGCGGCGGCGGCGCGCGCCUCCGAGCACCGGGCGGCUGAUGUGAGGGUCCGCCCGUCUGUCACACAGCUGAAGGACAUGAUCGCCCGGGCGAAGCAUGCCGCUGAUGCUAUACAAGUGUCCCUGACAUCAAAGCCGGGUUCAGUGGGCUGCUCUCGCGCCUACCGUCUGCCGUCCUACUCUGCCUCGCUCACUCGCAUAUCUCUUGCCGUCUCUUUCGACAACGCAGUGAGAGACGGCACACUCCUCUCCCUCACUCCAGAAGAGGACUCAAGCUAUAUGAAGCUCUAUGUCGAGGACGCAAGGCUGAAGUUGAAGUGGAGUUUGGGGGAAGAUGAAGGGUUUCUGGAGCAUAAAGAGGCGCUGGAAGCAACGCACGAUGAUGCUGAUCACACCUCGUAUAGGAUUGAGAUUAACAGAGUCUGGAACGUGGUAACCCUAUCCCUCUCCCGGUCGGGCCACCCCCCCUCCUCCAUCACCAACUCCACCCGGGGCGGGGUCACACUGGGCCGCUCGCGCGCCUGGCUGGGAGCCCCUGGAGCCCCGCUGCCGGCUUGUGCGCAUGCGCUGUAUUAUGAUGACAGGAGAGUGGGGCUGUGGAACUUUGUGGAACAGCCGGCCGAGGCGCAGUGUAUGGGCUGUACGCAGAGAUGGUACUCAGCGGCUCGCGACGGCGAGCCCAACCUGGUGUGGUUCAGCGGCGAAGGCUACGCGGAGCUGAGGAGGUCCAGCUUCCGCCCCGCCGACGCCCGCGCCUUCAGCCUGUCGCUCGUGUUCCGGACCAGGGAUGACAACGCACUGCUGUUCAUGGCUGUUGAUGCUGCUAAUAACCGCUCAGUCUCAUUAUUCCUGCGCAACUGCCACGUAGUCUUCCUAGUCGAGUACGGGGUGUCCACGCUGCAGAUCGCGGCGCGCGGGCGGCACUGCCACGGCCGCGCCGUGCACGUGCAGGCCAUACGCGUGUUCGCGACCAACAAGCUGGAGAAAGGCAGUCUGCGCGUGAACGGCGAAGAGACCCUGGGCUCGCCCGACCCGCCCGUGCAGUCACCAUCAUCGCUCCCUGACCUCUCCUCAUCAGUGUACUGGGUGGGGGGCGCUGCGCCCGGCGCGCCCCCCGCGCCGCCCCCGCUGCUCGGGUGUUUGGGGGCGCUAACGGUGGAUAGAGAGGGGUAUGAUCUGAUGGAUACUCCGAAUAGACAUGGGUUGGAGCCGAAUUGCGGGCCGAGGACGCUCCGCUCAGCCACAUCCACUGGUUCCGGCCACAUAGAACUCCCCGCCCCCGCGUUCCGUCGCAAAGCGGCGCUAGGACUGUCCUUCAGAGCGCGCGCCCCCUCCGGGCUGCUGCUUUACCGCCCCCACUCGGGGCUGAUAGCGCAGAACGAUGUCGAUGAUGAAGAUGAUGGCGAUGACAAGCAUUACUUAGCUAUUUCGCUCGUUGAUGGCGAGCUAGUAGUGGUGAUAUCGGCGGGUAAGAGCGAGCUGCGGCUGAGAGCCAACGGCACACGGCUAGACGACGGCCGAUUACACACUAUACGACUAGUCAGAGCUCACAAGCAGGUAGAGCUCUGGAUCGACUCCGCCCGAACCCUCACCGGCACUCUCUCCGGGAACGCCCUGGCUGCCCGGGCGCGGGGGCUGUACCUGGCCGGGCUGCCCCCGGGGCUGCGGCCGCGGCUGCAGGGGGGUGAAGAGGUGGCGUGGGGCGCGUUUAGUGGCACGGUGGCGGACUUUAUUGUGGAUGGGAAUUUAAUAGGUCUCGAUACAGCUGUGAACUGGGGCGGGGUGCGGCUGGGCCGCGCCGACAGCGAGCCCGAGAGCGAGCCGAGAACCGAACCCAGGGCCCUGCAGGCGCAGCCCGCCAAGCCCGCUCUUUGCACCAAGACAGAGUCAUACACCGUAGAGCCGGGCGCGGUGCGGUUCGGCGACGCCCCGCACAGCCACCUGGUGCUGCGGCUGCCGGCGCGCCGCGAGCUGGCCGUGGCGCUGCAGCUGCGCACGUUCAGACACACCGCGCUGCUGCUGCUCGCCCCGGGUUCCAAGUCGAAGCCCCGCCACUACAUAGCACUAGUUCUUCGAGACGGCAAGCUGCGUCUGCUGGUGCGCGGGCGCAAGCGACGCGACCUCACGCUCAGCCAGGACGUGGCCGACGGCACGUGGCGCUCCGUAUCAGUCCGCAUCUCGCCCUCUCGCCUGGUGUUAGCCAGCGGCGGCGCGGCGGUGACGGCCCGCGCGCCGCGCCGCCUCGCGCACGCGCCCCGCCUGUACGUGGGCAACGCGCCCCCACCGCCCACCACUGUGCCUGACUCCGUGGUCCGUAUCGGAGGCUUACGCGGCUGCGUCCGUAAAGUGAUUAUAAACGGCAUUGCCCAAGACCUGGCUCGCGCGGCCCCCUCCCCCCGCCAAGUGGGGCAGUGCUUCCCCGCCGUCGAGCCCGCCGCGCACCUCGCAGGCGACGCAUACGCGGUGUGGUCGAGCUCAUGGAGCAGCGGCGCGGGCGAGCUGCGGCUGCAGUUCCGCAGCGCGGGCGGCGGCGGCGUGCUGCUCGCCUCCAGCCGGCUGCUGCUCGAGCUGCGCGGUGGCACUCUGAUCCUAACCCGUCUCUCCCCAACGGGCUCCAUCCAAUCCCGCGUGCAAUCACCAACCCCUCUAUGCGACGGGCAGUGGCACUCGGUGGCGGCGCGGCUGGCCCCCGCGGCGCUGGCCGUGGACGGGGGGCCCGAGGUCCGGGACUCGGGGGGACUGACGCCGCUGGUCGAGACCGUGGCGCCGCCGGAGAAGCUGUAUAUUGGAGGGCUGCCAGAGGGCGUGCUAGACGGCGUGGGCAGCCGCGAGAACUUCAGGGGCUGCAUCCGCGACGUGAGCGUGGGCGGCGAGCAGCGGGACUGGACCGACAUGGAGUCCAUACACAACGUGCUGCUCGACUCGUGUCCUGUGGCGCAGUGACCGGGUGGCUAGAGGAAUGAGGACUAGCUAUGUGU